AUGGCUGGAAAGUGGCCUGUCUUAGGGGAGAGGGGGAAAGGGGCGGGUUGGGGAGGGAUGGGGAGGGUGGUGGGGAAAGAGAGGAGUGAAAGCAGCAGAACCGGGGAUAUGCGAAGAGGAAACGCCAGCAUUGUGGCCAAUGAGGAGGGGACACGUGUAGCCAGGCUAGGAGCGGAGCGCAUGGAGGUAAGUGGCGGCUGGGGAGGAGUUGGAAAGGUCACGUGCCUUUGUGCGUGUGGCACACGGAGUGCUGCUCCCACUCAUGCUGCUCCCGCUCGUGCUGCUCCCGCUCGUGCUGCUCCCGCUCGUGCUGCUCCCAAUCGCGCCGCUCCCACUCGUGCUGAUCCCGCUCGUGCUGCUCCCGCUCGUGCUGCUCCCGCUCGUGCUGCUACCACUCAUGCUGCUCCCACUCUCGCUGCUCCUCCCACGUCGCCCGCCGCUGCUCCUCGCUCAACCCCGACCCACCCGCACGUGCACCUGGCACAGCUGAUGGCGCGCGUGGGGAUGGGUGGAGCGGGGAGCAGGGGUGAAAACAGGCGGAGAGGCACAGAGUGA